UGGAUCUCGCUGCAACAGAUCGAAUGUUUGGCAAACAACUAGGACAAGCUUGUCAGGGAGAUGAGCCACCCAGAAACAAACUGCAAGAAAUAUUAGUGGAUCUAGAGAGACCGUAUUUCAUCACUUGGCUCCGACUGCAUGUCUCACACCGGGCUCCAGGUGCUGUGUAUGAAAUUAGAACAGCACCAAAAGAAUAUCAAGGUCCUUCGCAGAAACUGAAUUGUCAACAGUUCCCAGCCACCGCAACAGUGGUGGAUAUCUUGUGUCAGCCGGGCCUCGCAGUUCCACGUAUGCUCAUAUUAGGGCCGGAUGUUUGUUCUGUCUCCGUCAGUGGCG